AUGGAGUACAUAUAUGAGCACUACGUUGAGUCAUUCAAUGACUCGUCCGACAAGGAGGACUAUAUGGAUGAAACGACGAUGAUGCAGGCGUUCCUUGCAGACGCGGUGCAUGCAGAAGAGCAUGUUCUCAAUUUCAAGGGAUCAAUCAAGGGUCAUCGAGUGUUCAGUCGGAACAAGGCACGAGGCCAUUUAACACUGAUGGAUAACUACUUUGCCCCCGAUGCCCUAUUAGCUGAGAAUCUUGCCGUCACUUUCGGAUGCGAAAAAAUGACUUUGAUCCCCCUAUACCAUGAUGUUCGGUCCUUUGAUGUCUACUUCAUCUUGAAGAAGGAUGUUAUACGAAGAAUUGGAUUCUCUGGUUACCAGAAGUGCACGACCACAUUGCAGAUGCUUGCAUAUGGCACGACCGCUGAUUCGUGGAACGAAUAUCCCCGGAUGUCUGAGAGCACAUGCGGAGACGCCAUGGCCGGAUUUGCUACUUUUAUGGUCGAGGUGUUUGGACCUCAGUACUUGAGAGAACCAACUGUUGCAAACACCGAAAGGCUCUUGGCAAUGUAUGAAGCAAGAGGGUGCGCAGGUUUAAUCAGAUCUCUUUACUACAUGCAUUGGAGAUGGAAGAACUGUUCAAAAGAUCUACAAGGGCAAUAUCAGGGUCAUGUUAAGCAGUCCACCAUCAUUCUUGAAGCAGUUGCAUCACAUGAUCUCUGGAUUUGGCAUGCCUAG